UAAGGAACCGAAUUGCAUCUAACUACCUAAGUAAGUAACACACUCAAAUCAAAUGCUUCCUCGUAUAAGUAUUGCUUGUCCCACCGGGCCAACACUCUCUCACUCUCUGCCACUACUGUUCCCAUUUCCCUCUUCCAGUUCCAGGACAAGAUUUAGUGUCAAGUGUUCGAACAAGAACAUGGCUGUGGACAAUGAUUUGCUUGCCAAGGCUAGAAAGCGUGCCAAUUUUCGAUUAUGCAAUGUGUCAGGCUACACCUCUGAGAUACUGGAGAUUCAAGCUGAUACACCAAGUCUGCAUGUUCUGUUCAUUCCUGGAAACCCAGGUGUUAUUUUAUUCUACAAGGAGUUUGUGGAAUUUCUAUAUGAGCUGCUUGCAGGAACUGCAUCUGUCACAGCUAUUGGACAUGUCUCUCACUCAAGAAAGGACUGGGAGCAAGGACGGUUGCUCUCUUUACAAGAGCAAAUCGAUCAUAAGAUUGACUUCAUCAGAGAGGAACUGCAAAAUAUUGAGAUUCCUAUAUUACUGGUUGGGCACUCUAUUGGUUCAUACAUAUCUAUUGAAAUAUUCAAAAAGUCUCCACAAAAGGUGAAAUAUUGUGUUGGCCUUUAUCCAUUUUUGACAUUAAACCCACACUCAACAACGCAGUUAGUUAUUGCAAAGAUUGCAAAAUCCCAUUUUGUAGCUGCUGCUCUUAGUUACCUUGUAGCAUCAUUAGGAUUGUUGCCGGUCCAGGCUUUGAGGUUUAUUGUCAGAAAAUCCCUUGGGAAGUCAUGGUCUGCCAGUGCAGUUGAGGCUGCAUGUUCUCACUUAUCACAGUACCACACCAUGCGGAAUGUCCUCUAUAUGGCCAUGACUGAAUUCGAAAAGUUAUCAGAGACACCAGAUUGGGCAUUUAUAAGAGAAAGGAAGGCUCAAUUUGCAUUUUUAUUUGGUGAUGACGAUCACUGGGGCCCACUUCACUUGUCGGAAGAGAUUUCAAAGCUGGUUCCAGGUAUUCCCAUAUCCAUUGAACGAGAAAACCACACCCAUGGGUUCAGUUGCACUGAGGCUGGUUCAUUAUGGGUGGCCCAGCAUGUUGCAGACUUAAUCAAGAAUCAGUGGGCGUGUACAAACCAAUAAGGUCUAACUCUCUUGCUAUUGGCUUGUGUCAUGUUAGUGUUUUCUAAGUUUUAACCACGGAAAGAAUUUAAUCACUGAUAAAUUUGAAAUACUGAUGGCUUAAUCAAGCUGAGCUGCAUUUCGUUAUCAAUGCAACUUGUGCAUUUGUUGUCUACUGUUUAUCAUCACCAAACUGUAUUCUAUUAUGACUUUGUAGCUCUCAUCACCAUGUAGUAAAACUACUUCGACGACUCUAUUUUAGAAUGUGAAAUACUGAAAUGUAUAUUUAUAAUUGUUGAUUGAAAAA